AGAGAGAGGGGGGGGGGAGGCACUCGGGCAGGCAGGCACCCAUCCCCAUUAGACGAGACACAAGACCCUCGGAUCGCCGCCGCCGCCUCCUCCUCCUCCCCCGCCGCCGCAAUCCCCCUCUCGCUCCUCGUCCCCAAACCCUAGCUGCCAUGGAACCUCCCGCCUCCUCCUCCUCUCCUGAUCCGACGCCCCCGGAGUCGGACCACCCGUCCCCCUCCCCCGCCAAGCGCUCUGCCUGGAAGCACCCCGCCCCUAACGGCCCCGCCGUCAUGGACGCCAACCACUGGCCCGCGCUCUCCGAGGCCGCCAGGACCACCAAGCUCGCGCCCUCCCUCGACUCCUCCAGGCCUCCCGAAUCCUCGUCGGCGCCCUCAUCGGCCGCGCCCAACUCAUCCAAUUCUUCGCACAAGCACUCCUCGGGGACCCAUCACGGUCGCCACAAGCCGGCCAGGCGCGGUGCCGCCGCCGGGGACCACUCUCCGCCUGAUCGCUCCACAGGUGGCUGGGACCACGCCACUGAUGCUGCCGCCGCUGCCGGGGGAAGGGGUGCUCAGAGGAACCACAACAAUGGCGGCUCUAGGAGGGGCAAUGGUAAUGGUACAGCCGCCGCUGCUGCCAGGCGAAGAGGGGGAUACGAGCCCUUCUACCGCGGCCCUCCUCCAAUGGGCAUGGGCCCAUACAUGCGAGGGGCACCACCCCCUCCUCCGCCCAUGACAGUUCCUCCACCCUUCAUGGGCCCUCCGCCACCCCCAGUCGCACCCAUGCGACCAUUUGCUGCUGCACCAAUGGUCUUCCAUGAUAUGCAAUCCCCAGUGUCUCCUGUAUCCCCGAUAUACUUCUAUGGGCCUCCCCCGCCACCAGAAGCUCUCAGGGGAUUGGCUCUUGCGCCUCACAUGCUUGGUCCACCUGCUUACCCUUACUUUCAAGCACCGUCCGAGCCACAGCCUGAGCCCCAGCCCCAGCCUGACGUGGAAGAGGAACGUUCCAAGCUGCUCCACCAGAUAGAGUUCUACUUCAGCAAGGAGAAUUUAUGCUCAGAUGUAUACUUGAGGCAACAGAUGGAUGGGCAGGGCUGGGUUGAUAUAUCUCUUAUAGCUGGCUUUAAAAAGGUCCAAGAGCUGACAAAAGACCUGCAAUAUAUAAAAGAGAUAGUGCAGUCCUCAUCUAUACUAGAAAUGCAGGGUGCCAAAAUUAGGAAGCAAAAUGAUUGGGGAAAAUGGGUGAUUCCUCGGGAGAGCAAUCCUGAUGUACCGCCAACCUCAGCAUCCGUAGCAAGGCCUAAUGUCAAUAAUCUGACAGCACAUCUUGGGGGCAUGGGUCUGCAUGAAUCUGCUAGCUCAGGUAGCACAGUGGAGCAAAACCAUCAUGAUGUCAUCAAGAAUGGAUCACCUUCUGGUAAUGAUGAGGCUCCAGUAGCUGAAGACAACUCUGGCCACCACCGGCAGUUGUUAGCAUAAGGCAGUGGCUCCGAUUCACACCAUGACUGCAGGGAUUUUGUCCAUGCGCGAGUGACAGCUUACAAGUGAUAUUUUUUUGCAAUUUUUGGAGGGGAGGUAUGCUUGUGGGCGGCGCACUACUAGACUAGCAGUUAAUGCUUUUCUGGCGAUGAGGUAAGAUUUUGCUUUACCUAUCACUAUUAUUGAGGUGUAGCGUGGAAGAUUUUGGGGCGGUUGGUGAAAAGUUUGAAACAGAAGACAGAAAAACCAAGGUGGUAUGUGGAGGCAUCAAGAUGAGGUGGAAAACCAUGAAAGAAAACAAAAACAUGAAAAUCGACAGAAUGCUAAGUUGUUAUCCCCGGGCGGGCCUCUGUUGCUCGCGUGCUUGUUUUGAUACCCUUGUUUUGUUUAGUGGGGUGGGGGGCUUGAAUGCUAUUAUGUUGUCCUGAUAGUGAACAAGUUGGUUUUCCUCGGCAGUAGGAUGGAUGAUGUAAAAAAAAAAAAAACCUCCGAUUUUUUAUGGAGGAGAGGAGCUGAACUUUCUCACUCUGAGAGUCAGGGAGUUUGGCUUGGAUCUCAACUUGUCUUG